GCAAGAUGGCUGCGCCCAGUGAUGGAUUUCAACCUCGUGAGCGUCGGCGUGAGGACCAGGAACAGGACUGGGAUGUUGUGGAGCCCAAGCGGCCCCGAUUUGGGGCGGGGAGCAAGAUGGGGGGCCGUAGGCUCAUUGUGGUGCUGGAAGGGGCCAGUCUGGAGACAGUGAAGGUAGGGAAGACAUAUGAGCUACUAAACUGUGACAAACACAAGUCUAUGUUGUUGAAGAAUGGACGGGACCCUGGGGAAGUGAGACCAGACAUAGCUCACCAGAGUUUACUGAUGCUGAUGGACAGCCCCCUGAACCGUGCCGGCCUGCUGCAGGUUUAUAUCCACACACAGAAGAACGUUCUGAUUGAAGUGAACCCCCAGACUCGAAUUCCCAGAACCUUUGACCGUUUUUGUGGCCUCAUGGUUCAGCUUUUACACAAACUCAGUGUACGAGCAGCUGAUGGCCCCCAGAAGCUCUUGAAGGUAAUUAAGAAUCCAGUAUCAGAUCACUUCCCGGUUGGAUGUAUGAAAAUUGGCACUUCUUUUUCCAUCCCAGUCGUCAGUGAUGUGCGAGAGUUGGUGCCCAGCAGUGACCCUAUUGUUUUUGUGGUGGGGGCCUUUGCUCAUGGCAAGGUCAGUGUGGAGUAUACAGAGAAGAUGGUGUCCAUCAGCAAUUACCCCCUUUCUGCUGCCCUCACCUGUGCGAAACUUACCACAGCCUUUGAAGAAGUGUGGAGGGUCAUUUGACAAUAGGACCCUGUUUUGAACUGUUGACAUUGCAUCCCUUGACUCUGCCAACUCACUGCUGAAGAUGACCUCCCUGCACCAGAUCGUAGAGCUAGUGGAUGCCAAGGCUGUACACUUGCUAUUUGUUUAUUUGAUACACACUGUUCUUGCAAACCUGGUUGUUCUUUGGGGAUUUGUACGCUUAGUCUCUAAUGGUGUAAACUGUUGAUUCUCCUUAAACGUCAGGGAAAGGUGUGAGGUUACAGUGUUGGCAGUUUGGUUCUGGGCUGUAGCUCCAGACGUGUGUGGUCACUGUGGUCUGAAGAGGUCCCUGAUCACUGGGGCAAUGGCAAGCACAGAGAAUGUGCCUGAAAGAGAGCCAGGAGGGCUAGCAGUGAAAAAUUGAACAAACAAGUGAUUUUAUCUGGUACAGUUCCAAGGUAGAAAA